CUUUGUGAAGAGCUUGUGUUUUUUUUUCUUGCAUUGAGCACAGCAGGGGUGUAUAUGUGAACAAGUCAGAGAUACAAUUGUUCCAGAAAUGGAGGUUAUUCGCAGGCGAUCCUGAAACAAAAAAAACAACAAAACCCAAAUGCAAGCCGUUUUGUACCUCUGGGGUUACUGCUGUGUAAUUCUACACCAAAUGCGCCGUCGUCGUCGGUUAAUGUCUCCGGUUUUACACUAAUUCAUUCCUGUCGAGGAUUCCUACAGCUAGAUGUUUUACAUACACCCAUAUUCCUAACGCGUUUCUUUUUGUGUGUGUGUGAACUGUAGAAUCGUUUCGAAUUAUUCUGUGCUCUUUUUUUAUUCUUUAUUUAUUUUUAUUAUUUGCGUUUAUUUUCACGCAAUAAUACCAUAAGCAGAAUGUCUGGGAAACACCACCAUUACAAAGGACCCGAAGUGAGCUGCUGUGUGAAAUAUUUCCUUUUUGGCUUCAACAUUAUUUUUUGGUUGCUGGGUGCUUCGUUCUUGGCUAUCGGUCUCUGGGCCUGGGCUGAAAAGGGAGUGCUGUCGAACAUCUCUUCGAUCACGGACCUGGGCGGCUUCGAUCCUGUCUGGUUGUUUAUGGUGGUUGGGGCGGUGAUGUUCAUUCUGGGCUUCGCUGGCUGUAUCGGAGCACUCCGAGAAAACACACACCUCCUCAAAUUUUUCUCUGUGUUUUUAGGGCUGAUCUUUUUCCUGGAGCUCACGGCAGGGAUCUUAGCCUUUGUGUUCAAAGACUGGAUCAAAGAUCAGCUCAAUUUCUUCAUCAAUAACAAUGUCAAGGCGUAUCGGGAUGACAUCGAUCUGCAGAACCUUAUAGACUUCGCCCAAGAAUAUUGGUCAUGCUGUGGAGCACAUGGUCCGAAUGACUGGAACCUGAAUAUCUAUUUUAACUGCACGGACAUGAACCCGAGCCGAGAGCGAUGCGGGGUCCCCUUCUCCUGCUGCGUCAAGGACCCAGCGGAGGAUGUACUUAAUACACAGUGCGGCUAUGACGUGAGGCUCAAAAUGGAACUAGACCAGCAAAGCUUCAUUUACACCAAGGGAUGUGUAGGACAAUUUGAAAAAUGGCUCCAGGAUAAUUUAAUAGUUGUAGCUGGUAUUUUUGUUGGAGUUGCACUGCUACAGAUAUUUGGAAUCUGUCUGGCACAGAACCUCGUUAGUGAUAUAAAAGCGGUGAAGGCAAACUGGUGACGCCAGGUUCAGGAGACUGCAGAGACGAGAACCAGUCUCCCCAAGGCGGCUGCGCGCUGAACUAGAGCAUGGAUCCCUGGUUGCAGCAGGGGGGGACCUGUGGAUUAUUUUAUUAGACGGCUCGAGGCGUAUUUUGAUUUCUCUUUUUUAUUUUUUAUUUUAUUGAUUUACAGAAGAGUAUGUCGUGGUUUUGCACGUGGUACCUGCGAGAAUGUUUGAAGACUCGUGCUCUUGCAGGAAGAAGCUGGAGCUCAUCAGGAGUUUACUGGACUGCCUUUACCACUCGAAACGUUGGAUCAGAAAUCGUCUCCUCUGAUCAGUGGGGCUCUCCUAAUUCAAUCCGGAGUCCUCCCGGCCUUGUCUUGUGGGUCAAAUUUCACAACCUCCCGUCCUGAAAUGAAAAGGCUGACAUUACAUGCAUAGGUCGGCCUGUUUUUUGUCAUGUUUUUAAUUUCAUGGCGGUUUUUGUGCUCUCUGUGGUUCUCUUGUUUCCUUCAGAGAUAAUCCACAUGUGACGACAGACUGCCCCACAUUAUUUAACAGCUGUGAUCUUUACUGUCAUACUGGAAUACUGGAAGGAAUCACUCAAACUGAUUCCCUCUGUAGAGGAGUUUGGAUCAGGCCAGUAAUUUGUUAAUAUUUUAAAAAUUGUUAAAAUCUGUGAUAUCUAUUACGGUACUUCUCUCUUAACUAGUCCGGUUAAGUUCUGUUUUUAAAUGUCAUUUAUUAAGACAAUUUGGGGUUGACAUGAUUGUUGUCCUUGGACACUUAUUUUACACAUCCCUACCUACUACUACAGAGACCCCCUCACUCCAGUUGCUGGCACAUGGGUGCUCACAAUUAGAACGCACGAACUGAACUGACUCGGAGGGGCACAUUUGAAAGAGAUUUCUUUUCUAGGUAAGUGCUCUUGAGAGUUGUGCAAGGGCAGGUUUUUUGUACUGACACUGCCAUAAAUAGGAUUUUAUUACUGUCUGGUCCUUUUGUCAUACACGAUGCAUUUAUAAAAAAAAGUCCUUUCGUAGUUCCCUACAUGUCAGACUGUGGUUGGGACACAGUCCCACAUUGCUCUAUGUGUGUCUCCAGCGCUGGAGUUGCCGGCACUGGGCACAGCGCUUUCGAGUGUUCAGACACUGCUGUCAGUUAUUCAUCUCUUAAACCAGUUGAUGCACAGAUACAGUAGAGACUCGUUGGACUCUUUUUCACCCUUCUAUCUCCGUCAAUACCAAUUUAAUAACAAUAUUGAGAUAUUUGCUCUUUUAAAUAUCUUGUGUGACUGUGCUGUGGUGGAAUCAUUACUAGCUCACCCUGUGGUGUGUGUGUGUGUGUGCAUGUAGGUGCUUUUUUUGUCCCAUCAUCACUCUUGCAGUGCCCUGUCUCAGGAUGCUGUGGAACCAAGCCCAUUCAACAGCAUUGCUGUACCUGCUAAACUGGCUUAAUCAUGGCGGGUCAAGCUUCCAUGAUAACGAUUAUAAAA